AUGUUAAACAUGUUACCGAAAUAUUUGAGAAAUAUUGAAAAUGAAGUUGAAAUUAAACUGAAGCAACUUAAACAGUCCACAUCUGAAAUACUAGAUAAAAAACAAAUGUACUUCGAUGAAGUUUUAAAGAUUUAUCGAGAGGCUUUUACAAGUUUGGCUAACUGCACAAUUACGCAUUCAAAUCUGCUUAAUAAGAUUAAAAUUGCCUACGAAGAUUCAUUGCGGGUAAGAGAUGAACGAAUCUGCCAAUUUCAGACCCAAGAUGUCUACGUUCUGGAUGGUGGAUUCUCUUCUCAAAUUUCACGUCAUGUUGGAGUAACUGCGGACGGCGAUCCUCUUUGGAGUGCUCGGUUCUUACGUAGUAAUCCGGACGACGUAAUUAAAACACAUUUAGAUUUCAUUCGUGCCGGUGCUGACAUAAUAAGCACAAACACCUAUCAGGCGUCGGUGGACGGAUUCGUAAAACAUCUCGGUCUUACAGAAAACCAAAGUCUUGAUUUGAUCAAACAGGCAGUCGGGUUUGCUAAGCGAGCCAAGGAAUUAUAUAAAGAAGAAUGUGAGAAGGCAUCAGUACAACCGCGUGACAUUUACAUCGCCGGCUCCGUGGGACCCUAUGGAGCUUAUCUCCAUGAUGGAUCAGAGUACUCGGGUUCAUAUGCUAAAAAUACUUCUAAGGAAUCCAUGGAGAAAUGGCACAGACCUCGUAUUGAGGGUUUAAUAGAGGCCGGCAUAGACAUCUUAGCUUUAGAAACAAUGCCAUGUGGAAAAGAAGCUGAAAUGCUUGCAAGCAUGAUAAAAACUUAUGCUCCAAUACCAGCCUGGAUAACAUUCAGUUGUAAAGAUGAUAAAAGUCUAGUUGACGGAGAGGAUUUUCAAACAGUGGCACGAAGAUGCUGGGAAAUAAAUACAGAACAACUCAUCGGUGUUGGAGUGAACUGUUGCUCCCCGAAGGUUGUCGGGAAUCUUUUUAAAGACAUAAGUAAGAGAAUAGAGCCACCUAUGAGUUUAGUUACAUAUCCAAAUUCAGGAGAAAAAUAUACCGAGGAGGGUUGGGGGGAGCGAGACUGUGAUACAUUGGACACAUAUGUACAUGAUUGGUUGGAUCUAAAUGUGAAGUUUGUUGGAGGCUGCUGCAGGACAUACGCUGAAGACAUUGCUCAAAUAACAAAGAAAAAAGUAUUUGGUAUUUCAAUGAGAAAAAAACAAACAGAUGACAAAAUAAAAAUGUUGUUACAAGAGAACAAUAACUUGAAGGAGGAGAAUCUUAAGCUAUCUUUGAAAAUAUCAAGAUUAAAAAGAGAAAUUGGAAAGAUUAAAGAUGACAAGUUUUCGGACUACUUGUGUCUGAUGCGUGAGCGUGACGCUCGAUAUACAUUAUACUUCGAGAACGUGGCGCUUCAUCUGAAGCUAAGAGAGUUAGACGGCACUACCAGGUGUUACUCGGUCGACGACUCCUAUGGUGAUCCUGUCAUACUUAAAAUCGCUUUAGAAAAGUGUCGGGAACAGUUAUCAGCUGCGCAAAAUAACUUGAAAAGAAUGAAAGAAGAGUACUCAGAGACCAUACCGCGACGGGAACAUGAUUUACUGGACGCUAAAUGUUACGAGCUCACCAAGGAAGUGAACACUUUGAAAACUGAAUACGGUAUUCUGCAAAAUGCACAUAAACGAGCCUUAGGCCAGAAGAAAAGCUUGGAGGAAGAAUUACGUGAGGUGAAGGAGCGAUGUGGUGACCUAGAGCGAUCUGGUACUCCGCGACCAUGCUGGGAACUAUGUGGAGACUUCAUCAGUGGCGGCCGGGACCGGUGGUGGCAGUUAGCUAGCGGUUUAUCAUCGAGAGACAUGCUGAGAGUUUUAUUAAAAGAACUCGGGCCUGCAGCCGAGAGCGAACAUCUAGAAUACUUCGAUGGUCUGGGUACUGACCCAGCGAUCCCUCCCUAUCUCCGUCAUGAAGGUCGAGUCCGUAAUCUUCGUCUAUCCCGGCGCGAGGUUCGAGUGCUUGUAAACGACAUCUGGACGUCUCGAGCCACUCACAGAGAUCUUCCUCUACAGGAUUACGUCACACGAUACUUUGAAGAGAGGUACCAACAGCCAUCAGUUCGUGCGGAGUGGUCGUACAACAUGUGCGCGGGUCUCGAGCAGAUGAUGGACGAGCCCAGCGUAAAAGUGUUCUGGGGCGCGCUGCUUGGACAACUCAGCGAAGACGUGUACUGGAGGCUUAGAGAUUCCUGGCACAUGCUUAGGGAUAGGCUCUAUACACACACUGGCGGGGAGGAGACCCUAAGUAUUGAGGAAUUGGAGAAGGUAACGCGGGCGACCUUCCCCUUGAAGAAUGAAGUUGACAUAAAGAACUUGAUGGACGUCGUCAAGAAACAACUGAAACUGAAGAUAAACGUUGUUGAGGUGAACUUGGAUAAAUUGUUUUUUGAGAAUGAAGAAGGUUUCGACCGAUCGGAAUUAGCGCGGGAAUUAUACAGACAACGACAACUGGCUCAAGACAAAUACAUAAGAGAAGUGAUCGCUGAACUCGGGGGGAGGAACCUUAAUAAGACUAUUAGUGUGGACUGUCUUAAACGUGCCUUCGCCAUUGUCGACCCGGCCAUAGAUCACAUCCGCAUGGAACGCUACAUCCGCUGGGCCUUCUCAGACCAAAGUUCUGAACUAACAGCCAUUUGUCCUUUACCGCUACGUACUAUCGUGUCGAGACUUGCAGCGGGAGACAUUGAGCGCAUUGGACCGAGACAAAAAGGAUUUCGUAGAUCUUAUAAAUAA